UCAAAUUUUAAAAGACCAACUUCAGCUGGACCUUGAGUUCAGUUUACAAUAUGAGGACCCUGAUUUUAAUAAUCAGCUGACUUCCUUGGAUGAUAUAAAUGAGUUGCCUCAAAAGGCAGUGGUCCAUAUCCUGCCAGUGGAAUCAGAGGGCUCCACUACAUCUACUGAAAUUCUAUCAGAUGUGUCGAAUUCUGAACGUUCUAAGAUGUGGCCUCGUGGUGAUUUUCCAAUUCCACAGUUUUCCUAUGAUGUUGAGCUAAGACUUAGACAAGGAAAUGAUGAAUUUGAGAAGAGCGGAAAGGGUGUAAAGUUGACAAGAGACCAAAAGCAUGACAUUUUGGAGAAACUUGGCUCAACUAUGUAUGAUUUUAAGGCAUACCCAGAUGACAAACAGAUAGGAAAAGUAGCAGAGGCCCUGGUCACAAAGCAUCCUUGUUUGAAAGAGCAAGGCUCUGACACUGGUUGGAAUGGGUGGAAAACCAGUUUAAAGUUCAAGAUGGGCAACUUGAGAAACAAAAUGAGGAAAAUUGGAUGUCUUGAGGUAGCUGUUAAUGCUGGGAAAAGAAGCCAAGGCCAUCCUGAGAAUGAACCAUCACAUUCUAAAAUCAAGAAACCAAGACGUUCUGAGGUUAAUUAUUUGCCAAACUUUCCUCAAGGUGAGGAUGAGACAUCUCUUGAAACAGUUAGACAGGAAAUUGCUGUUGAAGUCCAGAAGACAGAAAAAAAUACUAGUCUCAUCCACAAGAACAUGGAGAAAACGUUUGCUCUGCGACGACAGAACAUUGUUAGCGGAAGCCCAUCUGUGAAUGAGUUUCUGAAUCUCUGGCCUGCACUGCGUAUGACAUCUGAGCUGUUUGCAGAGUACCAACGUGUUAAAAAUGAGAAUUUGCCCAACAAAUUCUAUGCACAACUGGACUACCUCCUACCUCGGUUGAUGACCAUUUUAAGGCAAAAAGCAUCCAAGACGGGCAAGACAGCAGAUACCCUGGCUAAUCUUUUGAAAGUUCAUGAUGAGCAGUGUGACAUCAUCGACAUCAAGAGGGAGUGGAUCCUGAGGAGCCUUGUGAUCUACUUCAAUGAGGAUCCAGACUGCAAGCUGUUUAACAGUUAUGAUGAAGGAUCUACAACCAUGGGAAAGCAGGUUCUCUCUUUACAGAUGAACCGAUCAGUCCCUCGCAGUGAUGAGAGCACACCAUCAGAGGAAGAUACCAAAAUGAGCAAGAAGCCAACUGAACAGAUCGGGAGUAUUGUAUCUGAAUCCAGGCCUUCUAAGAGUGACCAAUGCAUCGACUGCAACAGUGACCCUGCAUUCACAGCUUCUGACAAGAUGGAGAACCAUUCUCAGAUGAACCGAGCAGUCCCUCGCAGUGGUGAGACCCCGCCCUCAGAGGAAGAGACACGCCCUCCUACCAAGCCAACUGAACAGGAGAGUGUGUACACAACCACUCUAGAUCGUGUUCCUUCUGAGAACUACAACCCGACUUAA